GAGCGAGAUGUGGAGAAGCGGUGGAUGCGAGUGCAUCAAAAGAAGUACUUGGAGGCCUUGGCUGCAAACUUUGGGAAGAGUGAAGGUCAUGUGGCUACUCCUCUUCCCUCAGGGUUCAAGUGUGUGAAAGGACCAGUGGAGGAAAGUGUUGGUGAUGAGGAGAGGCGCCGUUUUCACUCCUUGGUGGGCAGCCUCAUGUAUGCGGCCGUUCACACAAGGCCGGAUGCAGCCUUUGCUACCGGGCAGCUGGCUAGGGUUGUCCAAUGCCCUAAUGAAGAGCAGGUAGCAGCUGGAGAGAGAGUGGCCAAGUACCUUGGCCAAACAGCAACUGUUGGACUGCAAUACUCCGCGGCGCCACAAAGGCGUCAAAAGGGGGCGGAUGGAGUCGAACCUGGGAGGCUCUUUCUCACCGCCUUCUCUGAUGCAUCUUGGGCAUCAGAACCAGAGGACAUGACAAGUGUGGGAGGCUUCAUCUGCUGUGUUGGUGGAGGGCCAACAGCUUGGGAGAGCAAGAAGCAAGUGGACCAAGCAUUGAGCUCGGUGGAGUCCGAGUACAUGGCACUCUUCCGUGCCAUAAGAGAGGUUGUGUGGCAGCGGUGUUUGCUAGCUGAAUUGGGGGAGGAGCAGCAAGGACCUACCCCACUCUACUGUGAUAGCCAGGGUGCUAUUGCAUUGGCUAAAAACCCCGUUCUUCAUGGCCUUACCAAGUGCAUGAAGGUGAAGUGGCAUUGGGUGAGGAGCAUGGUAACCGCGGGUGUGUGCAGCAGGCCCCCAUCAACUCAAGAAGAAUUUAUCUUGCAGAUCCAGGAACAAGAGCUCAAGAUUUCAAGCCCAAGGGACGCGGAUAAAUAUUAAAUAGUGAAAAUAGUAACGUUACUUCGUGUAGUGUUACAUUUCACUUGGCGUAGCCCCUUGGAGGGUUGGUUUCGAGACUCUUCAUGGUUGGGGACCCUGUGGUGGUGUACCACCAACCUGGACCUCGGCUCUUGGGGUAUGUAGAGGCUGGGAACCAUUUCCCUCUCGAACUCUUCUUGCUAAGUUUGUACUCCUAAGACUAUAGUGGCUGC